GAAACCAUGUCUCACUACACAGACGAACCAAGAUUUACCAUAGAGCAGAUAGACCUGCUUCAGCGCCUGAGACGUACAGGGAUGACCAGACAUGAAAUCCUCCAUGCACUGGAAACCUUGGAUCGUCUCGAUCAAGAACAUAGUGACAAAUUUGGAAGAAGGUCUAGCUACGGAGGUGGUUCCUACAGCAACAGUACCAACAAUGUCCCAGCAUCUUCCUCUACAGCCACAGCUUCAACACAGACCCAGCAUUCUGGGAUGUCCCCAUCACCGAGCAACAGUUACGACACCUCCCCACAGCCUUGCACUACUAAUCAGAAUGGGAGGGAGAGUAACGAGAGGUUGUCUGCAUUCAACGGGAAGAUGUCGCCUACCCGCUACCCACUUGCAAACAGCUUGGCUCAAAGGUCAUACAGUUUUGAAGCUUCUGAAGAGGACUUGGACAUUGACGACAAAGUGGAGGAAUUGAUGAGGAGGGACAGCAGUGUGAUAAAGGAAGAAAUCAAAGCCUUUCUAGCCAAUCGGAGAAUUUCCCAAGCAGUUGUUGCACAGGUAACAGGUAUCAGUCAGAGCCGGAUCUCCCAUUGGCUGUUGCAGCAGGGGUCAGACCUGAGUGAACAAAAGAAAAGGGCAUUUUACAGAUGGUACCAGCUUGAGAAGACAAAUCCUGGGGCUACAUUAAGCAUGAGACCUGCUCCUAUCCCAAUAGAAGAGCCUGAAUGGAGACAGACACCUCCCCCAGUCACAGCUACCUCUGGGACCUUCAGACUACGGCGAGGCAGUCGGUUCACAUGGAGAAAGGAGUGCCUGGCUGUUAUGGAAAGUUACUUCAAUGAGAAUCAAUAUCCAGAUGAGGCAAAGAGAGAAGAAAUCGCCAACGCCUGUAAUGCAGUUAUACAAAAGCCAGGAAAAAAGUUAUCGGAUUUGGAGCGAGUUACCUCCCUGAAAGUGUACAAUUGGUUUGCCAACAGAAGAAAGGAAAUCAAGAGAAGAGCCAAUAUCGCAAUCCUGGAGAGCCAUGGAAUAGAUGUACAGAGUCCAGGAGGUCACUCCAACAGUGACGACGUUGAUGGCAAUGACUACUCGGAGCAGGACACUUGGCAAGUACGCAAUGGGGAGGAGGAGGGAAGAUGUUCAGAGGGAGGCAGAGAAGCAGAGAAGGAUGACAGCACUAGCCAUAGUGACCAUCAAGACCCCAUUUCAUUAGCUGUGGAAAUGGCAGCGGUAAACCACACCAUCUUGGCACUGGCCCGGCAAGGAGCCAACGAGAUCAAGACAGAGGCUCUAGACGACGACUGA